AUGUCAAGAAACUUGAGUUCCCCCUCCGUUGAUUUCCCUGUGAGACUAAUAGACUAUGGUAUCAGGUUCCCUGUGUUGGAUCUAUCUCCCCUGAUCCUCUCGCCAUCGCUUGUUCGUGAGAGAAAGGGCUUGAUCCCCAUGUCAAGAAACUUGAGUUCCCCCUCGUUGAUGGUCUCGGUUGCCUUCCUAGCAAAGAAGGUGUUGGCUAGUGCCUUGUUGAUGCGGCAUCUAUGGGAUGAGUACAAGUAA